UUCCCAAUUUCUCAGAAACCAAGGGUUGAUCAAUGUCAUCGCCGGCCCCGACACCUCGAUAACUCGAUCCCAGCCGUCCGAUUGAUCGAUGUCAUCGCCGGCGCCGUCGUCGGCCUUCUUCGUCAUCUGCCUCCUCCACUCCCUAAUCGCCAUAUCCUGCGGAGCCCUCAUGAUGUUCUACAUGACGGAGGUCUACACCUUCGGGCACGGGACCGAGACCGCCCAGAAGCUGAUGGGGUCCACCCCCCACGACCAGCUCCUGAUUCGGACCUGCGACUCCUUCUCCGGCCUCCUCCUCUUCGCGAUCGGCUUCCUGCUGCUCAUGGUCUCCUUCGUGAAGGAUCGCGAGUUCCAGAGCUUCUUCGCCAAGGGGUGCACGGUGCUCCACGUUUCCAUGGCGCUGUGGCGGUGCUACUUCGAGCGGCGGGUGGAGGACCUUGCCUGGGACUGGCUGAGGCAGACGGUCGGAGACGUCUUGCUGGCUGCGUCUUGGGUUUUCUUCCUUGUUUUCUCCUGGAGAGAAAAGUACGACUAAGCCCCUCUUCUUCCUUGUUAUUUACGGCUUCUUGUUUUGUUAUAUGUUGUUAAUUUGCUUUUUGGUUCUGUUACAUGUUAGUGGAAUAUUGGUCAUCUUUGUUGUACAUAUUUACUUUUGUGGAUAAUCAAAGUUGAAACACAUCAUCCCUUGGUGGUCA